CUUAGUCUAUAAACGAUAUCGCGAACUUGGAGAAUUUUUGCAUCAAAAUGUAAAGGCACAAAAGAGUUAUAAGACAGAGAACUGAAAUGAAUAUAAUAAACGGCAAGGAACAUAAAUAACGAAUUAACAAGUUUCCGAAAACUGGUCAUAAAUAAAACCUGACACGACGAAGUAAAACAAACUGCAGAGGCCAUCCAUUGGAGGAUUGACGAGGGUGGCUGUUCAAGCGGCGGGGCUUGCUUCAAGUCAAAGGGGCCGGCAGCGUGGAACAGCCAGGUGUGCACUGCACAGAAAGGAGGGUGGGAGUGAUAUGGCAGCAGCACAUGAAAUGACCUGAUAGAGUAACAAGUAAUACAUUGCGCUUUCGAAAUUAACGAGCGACGCGUUUUGAGCUGACUGGCAGUGCAAAACUCGAGCUUACCCGCCACAGGAAAAAGAGAGGCCCUUAGAAGACCUGACAGGUUUUGCAGAACUACUGUCGCCUUCCGAGCGAGAAGGAUGAAGCUGGAAUCAGACAGGAUGGCUCUGCUGAAGAAGCUCUGGAAGGCGCGCAAGCUGCUUCUCGUCGUGCUUAUCCCGCUGUCGCUGCUCCCACUGCCCUUAAUUCACCCGACUAGCGAAGCUUCAUGUGCAUAUGUUCUUAUAGUUACUGCUGUCUAUUGGGUAUCAGAAGCCGUACCAUUGGGUGUGGCAGCUUUAGUGCCAGCGUUUCUUUAUCCACUCUUUGGAGUCCUCAAGUCUAGUGAGGUUGCAGCCGAGUACUUUAAGGACACAACCCUCCUUCUCAUUGGCGUCAUUUGUCUUGCUACAUCAAUUGAGAAAUGGAACCUCCAUAAACGCAUUGCUCUGCGUAUGGUUAUGAUUGCUGGAGCAAAGCCUGGCAUGCUCGUCCUUGGCUUCAUGUGCUGUACUGUUUUUUUGUCUAUGUGGCUAAGCAAUACCUCCACAACUGCAAUGGUAAUGCCUAUUGCAGAAGCUGUCCUUCAACAGUUAAUCACAACUGGCAUAGGGGAUGGAGAUGAAGAAGAAGCCAUCAGCAGUGUUCCCACAUCUGAUGGAGAUACGCAAGAUGAGAAUUAUGAUUUGGACAAGGAAGAAAAUUUCAACAAGAACCAACUCGAGAUCUUAUUCCUCAAAGAAAAUGACUCCAAGAGUGAACUCAUCACUUUGGCAAACUUUGAGGAUAUGAAUGGGUUAACAAUGAAAGUCAGUGCUAGUAGCAUUGGGAAAAGGCAGAAUAAUGGAUACCUCCCUCAGAGAGAAAUAUGUAUUGUUGAAUCGCAAAACAACCAGAAACCAGAACUACAAUACCUAACCAAGAACGACCACAUGAUCUGCAAAUGUUUGUCUCUGAGCAUUACUUAUGCUGCUACUAUUGGGGGACUCAUCACCAUUACUGGAACAUCUACCAAUCUUAUCUUUGCUGAACAGUUCAACAGUCGAUACCCUGAGGCACAGGUGAUCAACUUUGGAACUUGGUUUGUUUUCAGCUUUCCCAUCGCUCUCAUUAUGCUUUUCCUGACCUGGAUAUGGCUUCAUUGUCUUUUCCUUGGGUGCAACUUUAGAGAGACCUGCUCACUAAGUAAGAAGCGCAAGACAAAAAGAGAGGAAAUGUCUGAAAAACGCAUCCAGGAAGAAUAUGAAAAGUUGGGACCAGUCAGCUACCCUGAGCUGGUGACUGGAAUUUUCUUUGUGCUUAUGACUCUGCUGUGGUUUACCAGAGAACCUGGAUUUGUACCAGGAUGGACCGCUCUGUUUGAGAAGAAAGGGUAUCGAACAGAUGCUACUGUCUCUUUGCUGUUGGCUUUCCUACUCUUCCUUAUUCCAUCCAAGUUUCCACGACUGUUCCAGGCUGGCAAGGAAAAAGCAGAGAGCAGUGCAGAGAAUGAGAAGGAAAGUGAUGCCCUGGCCCCAAUGAUAACCUGGAAGGACUUUCAGAAACUGAUGCCAUGGGAGAUUGUUAUCCUUGUGGGAGGAGGCUAUGCACUAGCUGCAGGAUGCAAAGUGUCGGGUUUAUCAGUCUGGAUCGGAAAGCAAAUGGAACCAAUGACAGAUCUUCCUCCUUGGACUGUCACUCUCUUAGCUUGUCUCCUUGUAUCAGCAGUGACUGAGUUUGCCAGUAAUCCAGCCACUAUCACGGUCUUCUUGCCAAUUCUUUCCACGCUGUCUGAAACACUGCAGAUUAACCCACUGUAUACUCUGAUCCCAGCAACCAUGUGUGUUUCUUUUGGUGUGAUGCUUCCUGUGGGAAAUCCUCCCAAUGCAAUUGUCUUCAGUUACAAGCACCUUCAAAUUAGUGACAUGGUUAAAGCUGGCUUUGGAGUAAAUUUGAUAGGAGUAGUGGUAGUCAUGCUUGCGAUCAUGACCUGGGGCGAGCCUUUGUUCCAACUCUCGGAGUUUCCAGACUGGGCAAUGACACUGAAUGCAACAGACAGCUCGUGACUAAAAUGAAUGUGAACAGUCAAACAUUCUGAAAAAGAUUAAACUGUGCCUGCCAAAAGAAGGACAAACGACAGCUUCUUCACCAAAUAAUGCAGCAAUCAACACUACAAAUGAUGUAACUUUAAGAUGAUAAAAAAAAAACAAAAUCACCAAACACUGUAAAGAGCUCUGGAGACUGUGGGUCUGAAAUUCUGACAGCAAAAGUGUCAGUAAGGUGAAAUGAGGGAUUUAUGUACAAUCAAAGGCUAUGGCUUAUUAUUAUUAUGAGUUUAACAAAUGUUAUUGUUCUUACCUCCUUAUCACUCAGAUUAGUCUGUAUAUUCCCAGAACAAUAAAUGACUGUUGUAUUUAUUUAUAAA